UGAAAUGCCAUUUGAAGGCUUUUUAUUAUUCCAAUCUCUGCAAAAUCCAUUCGUCAGAGAGAGAGGAAAAGGAAAGCCAAUUGUGAAGCAUCAGACUCAGAAGCAAUGGCUUCCGCGAAUAAGCAACAAGAAGCAAGUGCCACCGACAAACCGGCUAAGAGAAAGCCCGUUUUCACCAAAGUGGAUCAACUGAAACCGGGAACCAACGGUCACACUUUGAUCGCAAAGGUGUUAUCCUCCAGCACCGUUUUACACAAGGCACGACCCUCUUCUUCCCAAAACCUUCGACCCACUCUCAUCGCCGAGUGUCUCAUCGGUGAUGACACCGGCACCAUCAUUUUCACCGCUCGCAACGAUCAAGUUGACUUGAUGAAGCCUGAGAAUACGGUGAUUCUUCGUAAUGCAAAGAUUGACAUGUUUAAGGGAUCAAUGAGGCUAGCUGUUGACAAAUGGGGCCGCAUCGAGGUAACUGAACCUGCAAAAUUUGUAGUUAAAGAGGAUAACAACCUAUCCCUGGUUGAAUAUGAAUUGGUUAACGUGGUUGAGGAAUGAUUCAAAGAAGAGUGCAUAUAUGGCUUUGUGAUUUGUUUGCGGUACAAUGGAUAAUGUUAAGGUAAAAGUUAACUGUUGAUGGAGGGGUUGGUAUACAUUCUUACUUCUGUUAGCCAGUAUUUUCCUUUAACAUGUUUGACAUCUUUUAGAGUUAAGUUGAUGUCACUUGAACGAUGUUGUGUCAACAAUCAAGAUUUGCUAUUAUCUAUGUCAGCAAGUGUAUC